CUUAUCCGGCCAUAGCGAAAGAAAUGGUACGAAUUUGCAACAAAUUCGGCGUGAUGUAGCAGCGAAGGAAAUGGUACGGGAAACUAGGUAUUUGUGGGUGGGAAAUUUACCCGAAAAAGCUACCGAGGAUGAAAUUAGCGAACAUUUUAAACGAUAUGGAAAGAUACAAAGUGUCAGAAUCCACCCACGAAAAGAAGCAAGCGAUGGCGGGGCCUGUUGCACUGUGGCAUUUAUGGACAUCAAAUCUGCUUCCAAGGCCCAUAACUCGGAAAAUCGCAUAGAAAACAGUUUAUUACGCACAGACUAUAGUGAACCCACUGCCACAGGAAGUGUCGUCACCAGAACGCAUGAACCAGAACCUCUACCCCAUAGCACAGGGUCGUUACGCCAACCGUUUCCAUUACCGCGUGGCACACCAGGGUUUCAGGGUCGUGCUAAAGGUGUUGACAGUAAGAAACCAGAGCUGAGGAGACUGACAGACCUGACUACCAUUACGGCCCUCAGAGGGAGGGAAUUCCACCAUAUGAUAACCGCUUCCCAAACUCCACGAACUACGAGGAAAGCCCGCAGUACCAGGGCCAGGGGACGCACACGAGAGCGCACAUACCCUCCCGCUAAGGGCAAUAAUUACCCUAAACAAUUUGACAGGGGUCCUGCACAGCAGCGUUUAGGUCAGCGCCAUGGCGUCUACGAUACCCACAAUGCACAGGCCGAGGCAUUCCCUGGGAAGCAGUUUGAUCGCCUACGAUUACAAAUGUCCCCUGGCCAUUCCUCAGCACACUCCAAAAAGGGCAGCAAACAGAAAGGGUCAGUGUCAAGGUCACCCAGUGGCAGCCAUUCUCGAUCCAGCUCCAGUUCUAGUUACAGCGGUUCUUCAUCCAACUCAAGUGGUUCCCGAUCACGAUCAAGAAGCAGCAGUAGUCAUAGCAGCCCGCGUGUGCCGCAAUCGAAUCCUCCAUCCAAGGUUCAGGUGAGAUCUGACCGUUCGGAGAGUGUCGAUGGUGGGGUAGACAAGACCUGCGCCUCAAGUGACACGCAACUAUCAGGCUCUGAGAAACGCUCUCUGGGGAUCUGCAUCCGAAGAUUACCCCUACGCUCCAGUGACACAAGUUUACGAGAUGGUCUUUUUCACGAGUACAAGAAGCAUGGGAAGGUAACAGGCAUUCAGAUUGUCGGCCAAGGAGAAGAUCGUUCUGCAGUUGUCAGCUUUAGAAAAUAUGAAGAUGCAUGCAAAGCAUUGGAAGCAUCCCACGACAAGCUCUUUUUUGGGACGAAAAUUCAAGUCACCCCUCAUGAAGGACUAGAAGGUGAAGAUAAUGAGUUCCGUCCUCCUGAAGUUGAGUUGGACGAGUACCAUCCCAAGGCAACACGGACACUUUUUGUGGGCAAUCUCGAGAAGGAUAUUACAACGCAAGAGCUAAGAGAUAGGUUCAAGAAGCUGGGAGAAAUCAUUGAUAUUGAUGUCAAAAGACAGGGGGCGAUUUCGGCCUACGCCUUUGUCCAGUAUGCAGAUAUCACAAGUGUUGUGAAAGCCCUAAGGACUAUGGAUGGAGAACAUCUUGGGGCCAACAAAAUAAAGCUUGGCUUUGGGAAAAGUAUGCCCACAAACUGUGUUUGGCUGGACGGAUUAUCGGAGCCUUGCACAGAACGGUUCCUGUGUCGGCAGUUUGCGCGAUUUGGUGGGAUAAGCCACUCUGUGAUCGACAAAGCACGACACAAGGGCUUGGUCUACUUUGAUGCUAUGGAAACGGCACAAGUGGCUGUAAAUGAGAUGCGGAAUAGAGUUUUCUUCAACAACAAAAUUCAGAUUGACUUUGCGAGCCGUGACUGUCAGACCAAGUUUUUCGAGAAGAUGGAACGAAGCGGUCAGCUGCGACCUGGAGAACGGCCAGAUGAGAGAGGGGGGCGAUUGUACAAACAACAACAACAACAAGGCUUUGAAUUUUACAAUGAACCUUUCAGGGAGGAGACAACAGGAACAUUUGAAGGCCGAUCUUUCCCCGCUUUUGAUGCGACAACUGGUAACUCUAGAGCACGACGCUCAUUCAGACCACGUGGGGCAGCUAACAGGGGAAACUUCAGAGGUCGUGGCCGAGCAGGAAAGGGCUUUUUCUCGGAGGGAACCCAGUUCUCCCAAACUGAGGAAUUCAGGGAAAGGAGAUCUAGCCGCCAUACAGAGGAUGAUUUUAGCCAGGGAAGUGGUUCAUUCGCCGAUGACUCGUACGAACGGGAACUAAGAGAAUACGGUGUCAGUCAGCGUGCACGUGAAAGAGGUUCCAGUGCUACACGACGUCGUGGAGACGGCAGUCCCAGUUCCUUCUUUGAAGGUCAGAGACGACGAGAAAGUUUGGAUGAGCCGUUCGAUGAACGUUUCAAGGACAGUUAUUCAGACAAUUAUAGGGGCAGUGAAAGCCCAGUCAGUCAAAGAGACGCUUUUGAUGAGCGAUUUGACUUCAGGUCUCGCUUUUUUGAUGAGAAGCUUCAUUCCAGGGAAAGACUUCCUGAUAGAGAGCGUAGAAAAGAAGGCUCCAGGGACCAUAGUGCUGAUAAUGACAGUAGUGGACAGUACAGUGGUAGUCGUACACCUGUGCCAAGACACAGUGAGAGUCUGAGUCCACCACCCAUCAGAGACUUGCAGAAGGAAAAUAUUUUACCCCGGGCACGGACUCCGCCAACCCCAACGCAGGAAGAGCCCCCUAUUUAUAGUGCAUGUCAAGACAGUGUGAUGGACUUCAGAGAGCUUCAGGAACAGAGGCGAAAAUUCAACAGGGCUGGAGAAGUCCCCUCGGAUUCUGUGGUUCGGGAUGAAUCUGACAAAGAGUCACUGCGGUCAUUACCUGGGAAGCAGAGACUCUCGUCAGAGAUUGUUAUGUUACCUAAGAAGAUGAGAAGCAUCCCGGACCAAUUUGACAUUGGGAAGUUUGAAAGUGUAGAGGCGAGGGUAAUAGCCCGGAAAAGGAGUCAUGAGGAAGCUGAAUCCUUAGCUACAAGUGGUCCCUGCUCUGCUGGGAAGCAUGAACGGACAAUGCCCCGGGUUUUGGGUGUCCUUGGCAGGCCAGGGGAAACACCUAAACCUGUGGUAGAAAGUGAUGUUAGAAAAGACAAAGCCAACUGGAUGGUGACUUCUAAAGACAGUUCCUUGGUUAAAAAGGAAGUCAAGCAGGCAUCCAAAGAAAAGGAUGCUGCUAAGACUGGACAGGUUUCCAGUUCGAGUUCUAGCAGUCGAGGAGACUCUGAACAUGGUGAAAAUGAACUGUCGAAGUUACAUCGAGAAAAAUGGCUGCUACUAGAAAAGUUGAAACAGUUAGAGGACGGUGGAAGCACAAGUGAUAAUGAGUCUACCUCUGCUACAGAGGAAGAUGUGCGUCGUGUUGUUGCCAAACGACCUCGCUUAGAUGAACAAUUGGCCUCAAAGAAGGACCUUUCCAAGUUGAAGGGAAAGGAGGAACUGAAAAUAAAGGUGGAGAAAACUCGGAAUGUGUUAGGUAUAGACGUCAGUCAAAGCUGCCGUAAGCAAAUGGAGGCAAGACGGCGGCUGGAGAAAAAGGAAAACCCUUUAUUUCCUGGUUCCUCGACUGGGGUCAUAGUUAAUAGACCACCAUGUAUAGUGAAAAAAGAAGCUCCAGUGACUUCUCAUUUAGAAAAUGAGGAGGCUGAGGAAAUGGACACUGCUUCACCUCCAGAAAUUCCGUCUGAGUUCUGUCGGAAAAGGAGAAAGGGGAGUGAGGGGCUUGCAGCAGAUAGUGGACCUAAAACACGGCCCUACAGAACGAAGAAGUCAGAUGAAAUUUUAAGCAGCGGUGAUGAAAGAGACAAUGUGGGUGCUGUUGAGAAACUUGUUGUCCACGAACCAAAGAAAAUGGACAGUGUUUGUGAUUUUGUGGAGAUGCCACAUGUGCAUCAAAGUGAUCAUAUUGGGGAUAAGUUAAAAAUGACUGAAAACAAAGAGGGCAAGCCCUCUGAUCAAGACUCUUGUAUUGACACAAAAGUGUCAAAGGACAAAAAGACUUUAGAGCAACAGUUGUCCAUAUCUAGUCUCUCUAGCAGGCAUUGUGAUGUCUCAAGGGAAGUAGAUGCCAUGAAAAUGUCUGAUUCUUCUGAACCAGUGGUAAUACCCACCACGGGAGACCCUAGUGCUGAAAAUCUCUGUGAUCCUCGACAACAGCAUCACAAGGAAGAGCUUGUGCUGCUGCCACUGCCCAUGUUUGCCCUGAAAUCAUUAAGCCCCUCUCAUCUGCCAUCCUCUCACCAAACUACAUCGCCACAGUUUCAUCCUGCUUCUGCGGCCCCCAAGUUGCAGUCUCCGUGUUUUUCUCCGAACAGCACCAAAUCACAGUCGCCCAUGUUAUCACCAACUAUCUUGUCCACAGACAGACCGCUCACUCUAUCAGUGGAGUCCAAGACUCCAAGCACACAUGUGUCCAACCUGAGUGAAGUGUCAAGAACGAUAUCUGCAGAUGUCAAGAAAGUUGAGAAAGAGCUGCCCUCUAUUGAAGCGCACCGAGAGCCCACCGCUACAGACCAGGAUAGUAUAUCUGAUGGCAUUGGGGAGGAUCGACCCAUGUCCCCUACAGGACUCACUGUUGAGCAGAGGAUAAGGCUCAUUGAUGAGAAGUUGAGAAGUUACGACAAGUACAAACGCAAAAAGAAGUCAUCAGAUGGCACCACUUCCAUUGUGUCCUAUCCAUCCUCUAUUCAUCGGAAGGAGCCCUCUGAUGUGGUGAAAAACCUUUUGUCACGCUCAAGCAUCUUUGAUCAAGACCGGAAACGGCUUGAACAAAUUGAUGCAAAGUAUGAACCGAAAGAUGUCACUGUCAAUUUUGACCCCAAUCCCAUCAAAUCUGUCCACAGAACAAAAGCGGCGGUGAAGGAGAUGCCAACAAUGCUAGGCUCCUUGGCGUCUGGAUCUUCCCACUGCCACAUACCUGGACAAAAGCCUGCUGUAGCUCCAAGCUUUAACUCCUGGGAGAUUUGUAACAGCAGCACAAGCGUGACUUUGGCUCCCGUCACUGUAACUACCUCCUUGCAUACUACCCAAGUUUCACCCCUCGCAAAACUGUCACCUGACCCAUCUACCUCAUCUUGGAGCCACGGUGUGAAUUCCCAGUUAAAAAAAGCAUGUGAUGUAAUUCGACAUGGUGGGGAAGGCCAGCCGAGAGACAGUGGUAUUCCCCAUCAGCAGAGCAAUUUCCCUUCAGGACCAAUACCCGUGAAGCGCACAGAAUCUGCCUCGUCAAGUGGAAGCAGUGCUCCUUCUGCUAGCCCGGUGACUCCCAUGGCUAUGCCAUGGAAAGAGGGACUGUCAUCAUUCACUUCCUCAAAGGACAUUAACACCCACUUAAGUUCUGUAAAGAAAGAAACAGAGUCUACACAUCCCCACUUGAAGAAAGAAUCCAGUCGAGAUGGGAUUACCUCCAGCUCCUUGAAACGAAAAGCUGGACAUGACCAUGAUUCCUCUAGACCAAAGGAAAAAAUGGCUAAGUCAGAGUUGAAGUCUGGUUUGUCCAGUAAAGCGUCUGCUGCAGCAAGGGUUGAAGAAGCAAAAGCUGCUCUCCCCAAACUGUUUGAAGUGGACAAAAAACCUACACCUGUACCAAAAGACAAAGACAAAAGUGAUUCAUCUAGCAAGAUUGAUGAAAAGGAACAUGAUAAGAAGAUUAAGGUUAAGACUGAUGAAUCCGGUAAAACAGAGCGCAAGCAGUCAUUUUCCAGCAAAUCUUCCAAGUCUCCAGAAAAGAAACUUGCGAAACUAAGCAGCACUGAAGGCGAAGAGAAAGACAUCCGCCGAGACAAUGAGAAGAAAAACAGUCACCAUUCCAGCACAAAGAAAAGUGAGAUAAAGUCAACUAAACCUCUUGAAUCUACCACAAAAGAGAAACAUAAAGAUAUCAGUAAAAUGAAACAUCUCAGUAAAGAGUCCAGUGCUGAAAGUGAUGCAACAGAAAGCAAAUUACCUGAGAAAAUGGACAAGAAGAAAAAUCAGGACAAGGAAAAGGACAAGGACAAAGAGAAGAAAAAGGAAAAAGAUAAAUCUAAGAGCAAAGAAAGAAAAGAUCGUGAAAAGGACCAUGAGAAGGACAGGGACAAAGGUUCAAAGGAUGAUGAGAAGAAAAGUGAGAAGAAAGACAAACAGAGAGACAAAGAUGAGAAACCUCGAUCCACUGAGCAGAGAGAAAAAGACAAAUCCAAGAAAACGAGGGAAAGUGAUAAUUCAAAGCACAAUGAUAGUUCAAAGAAAAAGGAAGACAAAGAGAAGUCUAAGUCAACUAAACAUAAGUCUUCUAAAUCUGACAAAGGAAAGAAAAAUGAUGUCAAAGGAAGAAGCAAGGAAAGCUCUGAGAAAAAGGGAAGUAAGCAUGAUAGAAAAGAUGAAAAGCGAAGCAAACCUCCCCCAGGGUUGACAGAACAGGAUAUGGCUGUUUUCAAGGAAUUCGGAUUUGAUGAAAAUGAAUCCAUGUAUGAUAAAGUGAAAAGGAGAUCCAGCAAGGCAGACAACAAAGAAAAGGACAUGGAAACAAUGCGACAACAACUGAACCGACUACAUAAAAGUCGUCAAAAGAAAGGAAGGUUAGCCAAAAGUGAAGAAACGGACAGCAGUGCUCAGAAUUCUGAUGAGGAAAGUAAUGCCUCCGUGAGUACAGCAAGUUCUAAAAGGGAAAGAGCUGAACCAGAACGCAGUCAGAAAAAGAAAAAGAAAUUUGCUUUGAUAAUGAGUUCUUCAUCAGAAGAAGAAGACAAUUCUUCAUUUUCUCACAAGGUAUUACAUAGUGAAGAUGAGGAGAGAAAGACAACCACCAAACAGAAGACGAAACAAAUCCAUAGCAAGCAGGCGGCAAAAGGAGACUUUCUCAAAUCAGAUGUGUUCUCACCAUACUCAGAUGAUGACGAUGAUGAAGAUGUACCAGUGCAGCCUGAAAAGGUGAAGAAGCCACCACAAACAAAACGGCCCAAGAAGAAAUCAUCAGAUACUGCUGUCGUCAAGCAGAAGGAACUUGUUUCACCUUCUGAGGGCCCAGAUGUGACAGCCUCUGAUACCAAGACACCGACUAGUCCACCAAAAGUUACUGAAGAUGUCAAGCCACACCAGCCAUUACCAAAGCCUACUAUCAUGGAGGACACAUCAGCUCCAUAUAAGGCAGACAGUGAGGGCAGUAAAUCUGAUGUUGAAGAAAAGCCCAAAAAGCAAAAGAAGAAAAAAGAGAAAAGACCUAAGAGCACUGAAAGUAAGAGCGAAGUCAAAGAAAAAUCGAAAGAGAAGAAGAAACUUGUUAAAGAUAAGAAAAAAAAGAAGGAGAAAUCAGUAGUAGAUAAGCCAUCUGUUUUCUCUGAGCCUGAUGACACCCUGCAUGAAGCAGAAUCAACAGCGAAUGUAGGUGAUGUUAGUGCAGAUUCUUCCGGUCACUGCAAAACACUGGACACUCUCCCAGGUGGAACUGAAGACACCGAAUCUGAUAACAAAGAAAAGCGUGACAAGCAGCACAGAGCUUCAACUUCUGAAGAAAAAUCGCUGUUGUUUAGCUCAGAUGAAGGUGCCGGAGAUUUGAAAGCACCUCCAAAGAGUGAGAAGGGUGCAAGUGAUAUAGACAUGAAUGAAACUGAACCUGAAGAGCAUGACACUGACUCUAAGCAAAAGCACCAGCCUAUCUUCCAGAGCCCAUGCCAUGAAGUGGGUGAUGUGAAACCAAGCUUGAAUGUCGAUGAAUCUAAGUUAGAAACUGGAGAUGAUGAUGUGAAGAACUUUCCAAUUUCUCUCUUUGGGGAUCAAGAAGAAGCAAUUCUGAAAGAAUCUACUGUGCCUCAGAAGAGCAGAAAGACACCUGACACAAAACACAAGAAAAAUAAUGUGGUUAGUCAAGGAAAAACAAGUGCACAAAAGGCAGCCGAAGCUGUGUUCACUUUUAAUGACAGUGACUCUGAUGAUUGCCUAAAUGAAGGAAGGUUUGUCCCACGACAGAAGCAUAAGGCCCUGCAUCUGCAUUCUUCAGAAGAUGAAGAACCUCAAGAUGAGAUCAAGGUUACUAAGACAAAAGCAAAGAAAAGCAAACCUAAAGAGUUGGAGCCUGCCCCCAGAUUUAUUGAAAAGUUUCCAGUGGAGGAGCAACGCCUGUUUCCUCCCAUCUUGCAUAAGGUCAAGUCAGAACCAAACAUACCCAAAAAUGACAGGAAAUCCAAGUCCAAACGAAAGAAAGAAAGGAAAGAGAGGAAGAAAAAAGAUCUGUCCCCACCUCGAGAUUUGGCCAGGGUUGAUGGUCAUGUUGUGGAAAACCAUGUACUUGAAAAUGAGUUUCCAUUGCAUGGAGUUGGAUCAACGGAUGACAAUAUUGUUUUGGAUGAGCAUGAAGGUUUUUUCACAAGAGAAAGUAAGGCAACAGAUGCAGUGAAAGAGAUGCCAUCUGUUCCAUCUCGAGAACCUGAAAUUCUUAAGGACGUUGUUGAGCCGCCAACAGCUUUGGAAAGUGCUUCAACUCAUGUGGGCGAGACCACACAGUCUGAAGUGUCUGUUGCAGUAUUGCCACCGAAGGAUGAGCCCUUGACUGAUCAACAUGCAGAACCAGCAAAUACAGAUUUGAAGCUACAAGAUGACCAUGUUGCUGAGCCAACGAAGAAAGCCAAGAAGAAGAGACCUAAAGUCAACAAAGACAAGGUUAGCCACGGUGAAAGCAAGAAGGUUGAUGUUAUACCUGAUGCUGUGAAGUUGGAAGAAGAGAAGGCAGACAAUUCAGAAAGCAAGUACCUAGACGUGUUUGCCUCAGUGCUAGGUCAUUUGGAAGAGAACAAGGAAACACCUCAUGAGACUGAACAUGUUAGUGAAGUACCACAGGCUGAGGAAAAUGUUGCUCAAGAUCCACCCUCAAAUGAAGGAACAUUCAAUGAGGCUGCUGAAGCAGUUAGUCAGUUGUUGGAUACUGAGACAAAGAAUCUGGAAAGAGAGAUGAUUGCCCAGAAAGCAUUUCAAGAAAUGCAAGCAGCUGUGGAAACCAUCAAAGAAAAGCCUGCUACCAAGCCAAAACGGAAACGCCAAAGGAAGGAUAGCUUAAAGCAUGCUGAAGUUGAGAAUCCCGGCCUGGAAGAUAUCAGCAGUACAUCCAUGCCAGAAACUACAGAUAAUUUGUUUCAAGAAAUGACUCCAAAGCCAGAGGAGCAUGCAACAAAGGAGGAGGCGAAAGAAGCUAGUGAAACUACUGAAGAUCAGAAUGAAUUUCCUGCUGGAGUAGAAUUUAAUCAUGAAUUUGAAGACCCGAAAGAUGAUGAAAGUAUGGCCAUGGCAGAAGACGAACUUGCACGUGCAGUGAAAGUGAUUGAAGAUAGCCUUGCUGGAACAGAUCAGCAGGAAGAAAGUCCUGACAUUUUUGGGGUAGAACCAAUUCAACAGCUACCGACAACACCCUCUUUAUCUCUGCAAGCAGAAACAAAGCCAGAGGUUGAACCGGCAGUGUCCACAUCUAAGAAAGAACAGCCACGCAAAAGUAAAAGCAGACGCUCCCGUGGUUCUAAAGAUGAUGUGACAGCCCCGACACCUGCUCCAUUGGAUGUCCAUAUGGAUAACCAGUUGCAGUCAGAAAUAGCUUUCAAUCCAACAGGUACUGAUAGUGAAGUUGUUACGAAACAAGAGUCUGUUGAACUUACGCCUGAAAUUGAAGGUGAGCAAAAUCAUGUACCCAGUGCAGUAAAGAGUGAAGUCUCUGAUGAACAGAAAUGUGAGAAAUCUGGAAAUCCUCCAAAGUCUUUACUGCGAAGGGGAAAAGGAGGCCAACAACAGAAAGGAGCAGAUAUCAAAGACGACAAACGCUAUUCAGUAUUCCAGUUUGAUGAUAAAGACAGUGAUAAUAUCUUGGAAGAUGAGAAACCUGUCACAAUUGCAAAGCCAGAGGUGGUGGAAAAUAGCCUGUUUGAAACCCCGCAAAAAGGAGAAAAAGAGGAUGAGGAUGUGAGCCCAGAUAUUCAGUCUGAUCCUUUCACCCCGCAGAAGGAAGACAGUAAAUCCGAGUCGGAGGACACAGUUAAUAAUAGACCACGACGUAGGCGUAGACCCCCACCUUCCUACAAAGAUAUGGCUACUGGUGGCCUAGGUCUUGCCACCAGAUCAACUUCCCCCAGGUCGCCAAGAGCAACGCGUCAGACAAGCUCCCCAAAACCUUUCUCGUCCCCCAAAGUGACAACCUCACCGAAGCCAUCUACCUCAGCCAAGUCCUGUGUCACACCGAAAGCAAAGGAUUUCCCAUCACCCGUUGUUAAACUGGAAAAGCUACCAGAAAAACUCCCAAUGCAUGGCAAGUCUUUGAAAGUCGAUGAAGUCAGUAAGACAUCCAAAGACGCUAAUCUGGAUGUUCAUCAUCUUAUUGCUGAACUGAAGGCCAGAGAAGAACUGAAGCAAGAGCAAGAUAAACAGCAGGUUGACCUGAACACAAGGUCAGCAGCCAUUAAAAGCGUAGCACAACAGCUCUUCACUCAAGAGCCUGACCAAGAAAACAAACAUGUGGAGGAUCACGAAGCAGUUGUUAAAACUGAACAAGAGCCACCUCGUGAGCCACGAACACCAAGGAAGAAGCGCAAUGCGAGAAAGAAAAAGUCAGAUUCCACUGGAUGUAGAGAAGCUGAGGAUCAAUCUGUGACACCUGAUAGUUUGUUUUUGCCGGCUACUGAGGUACAGCAGUCAACGGAAUUUUCCAAACAUGCGUCACCACCCCAUUCUGAUGUCAAUGCAGAAACUGAUGAGCUGCAGUUGUCGAUGGGAAGUCAGAAAUCUGAUCCAGAGGAAGGCAGCCUUAUCAUAGAUGAGUCCGGUGUGAAAACAUCUUCCGAGACGGAAAACAAUCAAGGUGACCUGCAACUGAAACAAGAAACAGACACUGGGCAUUCAUCACCUUUUGCAACAACCAUGGUCAAACAGACAUCCAGAGAAAGUGCUUGCUACACACCAGUCACACCAAUGACACCAAAUACUCCGGUUAUCACUACUGCACCUAUCACUCCAAUGAGUAACAUUGAGAGGGUUAUCGAUGCAGUGUCCAAAGGACAGUUUGAUGAAAAUCACCUCAUGCAAACACGAAGGCGUAGAAGCAAUGACCAUAGUGCUAUCAGGUCUACGGUUGGUGUUAUUACUUCAGCACCCUCUGCCAUCGAUGGUUUCCCAAGUCAUCACCAGAGGGCGCCUCCAGUUAGUUUUCCAAUGGGCAUGAACCACUUGUCACCACCACCAGUUGUUGAAUCAUCUUCAACUCACAAGAUGAUGGGUCCAGGCCAGGAGCCAUUGAUGUUGAUGAAUCCUCCUACAGAAAGAGCUGAGAAGCCUACUGAGUCUGUUAUCCAUUCCACUGCCAGCCAUCAGACACAAGCAGAGCACGAGAGGCGUGCUGAGAGCAACAAUGUCCAUGAACCACUGCACAUUUCCGUUAGCAACCACCAGAGAGGGCACCUUGGGCAUCAGAACUUCCACGAUCCCCAACAGAUGUCCCCACAGGGGUGCAUGAUGCCUCAGAUAUCACCUCAAGGUCAUGGAUUGCCCCAUGCUACAUCCACUGGGCAGAACAUGCCUCAAAUUUCCCCCCAGGGUCAGGUUCUACCGCAGAGUUCACCCAAAAAUCAUGGACAUCUUCAGAGCUCUCCACAAGGCAUACACCCCCAACCAUCUCCCCAGGGGCAUCAGAUUCAGCUUCCAUCCCCACAAGGUUGGCACAUUCAACAUCAGCCAGUCAUUCCGCACAGCAGUCCACAGGGCAGGCCAAUGGCUGCUCCUCAAGCCAUCAACACAUCGCAGGCAUCGCCUCAAGGGCCGGCCAAUCUACAUAUGAGCUCACAGAGUCUUCAUCCUCCGAGCUCUAUGUCACAGCAGGGUUAUGUGAUGCCACAGUCACCUGUACAGUCGCAAGUCCAGAUGCAUCAUCAUUCUCAGAUGCAGGGAGCCCAUCAUGCCCAGAUGCAGGCAAAGAUGAAAGCUCAACAGCACCAACAGCACCAACAACAGCAACAACAGGCAAAGAUGUUUGCAUAUCACCAGACUCAUGUUGCUCACCAUGGAGCUCAGAAUCAGGCUGUGCAUCAAGCUGCUCAUGCUCAGAUGCAUGCAAAUUCCAUGAGGCAGUCUACUCAGCCAAAACCGAGCAGUCAGAAAGAUCAGAGCUCUUCUCGCUCCCACCAGGGUCACAUUUCCACCAUGGGGUCAACACCUACCACAAGCAGUGUAUCCAGCAGCUCUCAUGGCGGUGAUAAGCCGGCUGUGGCCAUGCAGCAGGCUGUGGCAGAAGGGGCCAAAACACAAGCAGCAUUCCUCCAGCCAACGUACAUGUCGAACAAUGCAGCUCGAUGGUCUCCUGCCCAUGGCCAGAAACCUCCUGCUCAAGCGUCUGCUGCCAUCACUCAUCCGUCAGCCAUGCACAUCAAUCCUAACCAGCUGCCAACAACAACAAGCGUGGCACCGUCUGUCAUGCAGCAGAGACCACCAAGUGUCCCGGUGCCAGUGGUUUCCUGUGCCACAUCACAUGUAUCCAACAGACCUCCCAGUGCUCAUCCCACCUUCCCAAGUUCACCUGGCCCAAUGCCCACCUGGGCACACAGGGAUGGCAAAGAAUCUUCCAGAGAGCAUGCUCAACAACAACAACAACAUGAAGGACACCGUCCUCAGGAGCCUCGACUGAUGCCCCCUCCACAAUCUGGAGCCCCCCAUCCCCACCCCCACCCAGGCUCCAUGCAUGCAGGACCCAGUGUCUCUCUUCAAUCUCAGCACCACCAUGGGAAGCCCGGUGUCCUUAUUGGAGUGGUACAGGCUCAGCCGCAGACUUUGCCACCUAAGGAAGCUAGCCCUACUGGUCAGUUGUCUGAACAAGUUCAUUGGUCACAUUCCCAGGUGAUCGAGCGUGUCCCUAACCCAGUCCUCGGUCGUAGUGGCUCAGGUAGUGGGCGGGAUGCCAGAGGGAGCCACGAGGCCUUGGUCAAUCACAUGGCAGCGCAUGGCAACCCAAUGGACCGUGUCAACCAAGAACGCCUGAAUCAAGAGCGCCUCAACCAUGAACGAGUGAACCAGGAACGCGAGGCCGAGCGUGAGGCUCAGGAGAGAUUGGGUCAUGAGCGUGCUAACCAGGAGCGAGCUCAAGUCAUCGCCGCCAUGCAGCACCGUGAGGGACUUGUGGGACAAACAGGUCAUCCAGGCCAUCCAAUGGCUCACUUGCAGACGCCACCAUUUGCUCAUCAGUCUACAACAUCCACUUACGGUCUUCACCAUGCACAGCCGAGUGAACUGAGAGCUGCCCUGAAUACACCGACGCGCAUCAUACAGCAGCAGCAAAUGCCUCCGCGCUCCAUGCCGUCCCACAGUCCAACGCAGAAUCAUCCCAGCCACUCGCUUCCGCCUGCGCAUUCCAACCCACACCAACCCCUGCCGGCGCACGCAGGAGGGAAAGGUUCUCAUGGUCACAGCUCUCUGUCAGGGCCGGAUGUCCAUACAGCAAACCCCAACAACAUGUUGCCCCACAACACAUUCACAGACGCAAGAUCCAGAGGAGAGGCGCAUGGCACGCCGACACAUUCACGGGAAGAGCCGAGGACCUUACUACAGCCAGCUCAUCUCCAAACAGCAUUCGGGGAAAGACGAGGAAGCAUUCCGGAAAGUGAUGCGGCGCGUCUACGGAAUACGAGCGCGUUUGUUCCACCAGAACUACAGAAACAGAUGUACCGUGGCGAGCUUCGGAUGCCUGGACCGAACCAUCCAUCCAUGGCAUUCACACAAGCGUCGAUGGGCAUUGGUGUACAUCCUCGUGUUCUGUAUCCUGGGGCAGUUCCCCAGGGGCAGCACGGGUCAUACCUAACAACGCAGGACGGCAUGAUGGUGCACUACCAGCAUCAUCCGCAUUACCUGGCUCAGCAGGCUGCUAUUCAGUUGGAACAACAACGACAACUAGCAGAGAACCGGCCUCCGUCUCAACCGGUGAGGCCACCCUCACAGCAGGGUCAACCGGCACCUUCACACGCGGCAGUGCUGGCUAAUCAAGGCCGUCUGUCUCAGUCACCGUCGGACGGUGUACGCUCACCUCACAUUGUGAUUGGACGCCCAUUACCCGAAGGACCUGGACAUAGGGAUCUGGCAGAACUCAUGCAGAAAUACCCUGUGACAUGGCAAGGGUUACUGGCUCUGAAGAAUGACAGCUGCAUUGUGCAGAUGCACUUUUUGACGGGAAACCCGAGCCUGGCCAAACUGUCUCUGCCACAACCAGGUGGCUCCAACACUUUGCGCAUUGCGCAGCGGAUGCGCCUAGAGCCAGUGCAGUUGGAUGGAGUCGCCAAACGCAUGCAGCUGGAGGAUGAGUACUGUAUGCUGCUGGCGAUCCCUUCUGGUCGAGAUCACAUGGACAUUGUCACCCAGACUCAGCAGUUAACCACUGGAUUCAUACAGUACCUACAGCAGAAGCAGGCUGCUGGCAUCGUUAAUGUGGCUGCCCCUGGAUCACAGAUGCCUGCAUAUGUUGUGCACAUCUUUCCACCUUGUGAAUUUUCCCACGGAGUGCUACGGAAACUUGGUUACGAUCUGGUGCAGAGGGUGCAGGAUCUUGCCCACAUGGUCAUCGUCGUAGCAACAGUGUAGCCAUAUCUCGUCGUCAUGGCAACACUGUUGUCCUAACAGGCUACCAAGUUUUGUCCUCAGGUUGAGAGACGGGAGGAUGACUUAAUUAUCGACAGUGACAAAAUGUCCGAACUGGAGUUAUAAGUUUACCAAGAGAUCAGAGACACGUUAUUUUCCAGCACGACCACAGCAGUAUGGGCCAAUUCAGAAGUGUUGGCUAAAUAUUACCUGUGGUUUUAAUGAUCAAUGACAACACCAUUGGAGACAGAAUUGCGACCUUGUAUACCACUGGAUUACAAUACAUUGCGCGCGACUUCAUCACCUGAAUUAUCUUUACAUUUAUUACCGAUUGAUGGAUCACCCAAUUUACAGACUUUUGGUAGUUUUUUUAUCUCUGCCAUUACACAUCUAUAGACUUUCCACCGGAUUAUGAAUUGUAUUUAAAUCUACCACGGAGAAGUAUGGAUUAUCUUUCAUCUUACCACUGGCUUAUGGAUGGCAAUUUUGUUUUACCAUUGGAUAACAGAUUUUACCUACUUCCCACAGGAUCAACGGAUUGGGGCUAGAUUUAAAUUCCUUAUCACCGGGUCAUAGAUUACGAUCACAUUUCUUACGAUUGGAUUGUAAAAAACUGAAAAAAAAAAACAAAAAACAUUUGCACUACUGUACAUGCAUGGAUGUUCACAUGGAAACUUUUGCUGUUGUAUACCAUGUGACAGACUGAAUUCAGCAGUGCUGCCACCUAUUUCCUGUUAGUGUCAGUUUGUGGACAAGGGAGAUUACUCCUCUCGUACCUUGUACCAGAAUGACCUUGGCACCGUAUGUUGUUGUUCAUGUAAUCGUGCGUUCCCAGUAACUGGUGUUUUGUGGAGUAGCCUAGCAUAGGGGCUCCUGACAUUACAGAUUCCUGUGCGCUGGUUUUUGGAUGGAAUGCUUGCAGUGUAAUCUAAUCUCCAUGUAAAUCCAUGGUGUCCUGUGGUUAUGUUUUACAACAACAAGUGCAAGGUCGAAUUGUGCUCUGUGUGCCCUUGACCUCUCUUCUGCUGUGUUUUGUCGUGUAAACCACAUUGGUGUCAUUCUGUCACUUUGUUGAUUGAGACAUUGUGAGGUGGAGUUUAUUCGGAAUAGACGACAGUUUUCAGUGAGUUCUGUACCUGUCUGUUUCAAAAACGAAAAAAAAAAAAAUUUGAUGAAAAAAAAAAAAAGAAGAAAAUCUGUUUUUCUGUCAGUAACAGUGUAACACAUAUUCAUCAGUAUAUAUAUCCAUAUAUAUCAGGAAGAUGGUGGAUUACCCUGGAUAUGUGCGUGCAUCCAUUUUCCAAGUGUGGGGUCAUAUUUCUUGUUCAUGCAGCUAGCAUAUAUCAAGUGUGCAUUGAUAACAUCUGAACGAGGAAGUAUUCAGACAGAAUUGAUGUAACAAACUGAACGAACAAAUGUUCAUACUGAAUUGUUCGAACCCUUGUAGGGACAUUCAUUCAUCAAUUCACAUAAGGUAUCUGCUGAAUAUAGUUAAAACCAGAAGUUAGGUGAGAGACAAUGGCUUUCACUUAAGGAGAUCAGCACAACAAAAACUGACUGUCCUACUAGAUGGAAGGACUUUAAAAGCUUUUGAUUCAGCUUAAUCUUCGUAGAAAUGUGCGAAUUUUAUCUUGAACUCUGAGCUAAGGCAGCUAUUAUUGUUUUAAGAAGUAUAAAUAUGUCAUAGUUUUUUCUUUAUGUUGUGCCCCCUA